GUUGUAGAAUGAAAUUUCAAAGGUCCAAAUCACUUGAUCCGAUAGCCUUGGUGGAAGAGAUCCGGAGAUGAUCUCUUUCCACUAAGUGGAUACCCCUCAAAGUCUCUCUUUAUAUUUUUUUUUAAUCCAAUGUUUAUCAAAACGCUUUACUCUAAACCAUUAUUAAUCCAAGCAAUCAACACCGAAAAAAAAUGAAAUAAAAAAUAAAUAAAAAUCAUAACAAGUGUUUUCUCUCUUCCUCUUCAUCCACUUCAGCAUUCCUCAGUUUCCAUGGCAAACCCACAAACCACAUCUACUGCAGCGGAAGUAAAGAACAUCUACGCGGUGGUGGCCCUCCCGCCGGAUGGCGUGACCCCAAGACUGAAGAAGCUGAUGCAGGGCCUCCGUGCCGAGUUCGGUGGUCCUCUGUUCGAGACCCACAUCACCGUGGUGAGGCCCAUCAGCCUGACCCUGGAAGACGCCCUCACGAAGUUCCGAUCGGCUUCUGAGGGUUUCAAGGCCUACGACACCAAAGUUGAUCACGUGGCCACAGGCACUUUCUUUUACCAAUGUGUUCCCCCUCAUAAAUCCGACCCCUCGGGUGGUGGAAGCUAGUGCUCACUGCUCUGGGCAUUUCGGUUUCAGAAGCUCAACUUGUAAGUUCUAAUGCACUAAUUUAUUUUUCUUGUUAAAAAAAAAAUACACAGAUUUAUUUUAAUAUUUGUUAAUUUGGAUUGAGAUUUGAGAGCAAGUGAGAGAGGAGGAGAAAAUAGAUGGGGGUUCCUGCCAAUUUUUCUUUUUCUGUUAAUUAAAGUUGCCAAAGAUUAAGUUUGAAAUCUUUAUGCUUUUGAUCAAUAGUUGGUGUUCUCUUUCAAUUGGCAAGACAACGAUUGAAAGCAUAAAUGUGGCUACUUAUUAUUAGUAUUAUCCGUGAAAAGUAAAAACGAAAUGGUUAUCAAACAUUUACGUUGUCAGAAGAAGAUAGUUGGCAUCUCUCGAAAAGGUUACAUUUUUGUAAGUAUUAGCCAAAAUAGUUGAGUUUGACAUAACUAUCUUCAGUUUGGUCCCUGAUAUUUGAAAUCAAGAUCCUUGAAUUCGUCCGAAAUCCAUCAUUUUGGUCUUUUCGUACCAAAAUUGAGGAUUUUUUUUUUUUUUUUGAAACGCAAAUGAUUGACGUUGGACAAACUUGAGGAUAUUUUUGUGAUUUUAAAGUUUUUAACAUAAGGAUCAAAAUGAUUAAUGUUGGACAAACUUAGAAAUAGUUCUAUCGAUUUUAAAUCAUGCCAAUCUCAUAGACCAUUUGGCUAAAAUGCCUUACUUUUAUAACCAAAAGUAUUAUUCUUGGUUUCCUGGAUGGUAUUCUAUUUGGCCUGCAGCUUAUAUGCCACAUUUGAGCAUCCCUUAUGGUGAUCUGACCGACGAAGAGAAGAAGAAGGCGCAAGAAAAAGCUAACACUCUCGAUGAGAGCAUUGCCAGCCUGAGCUUCCCCGUUACUCGCCUUGCAUUACACAAAAUCAACGGCGAUCACGAAGAGAAGAUUGCUGAGUGCACCCUCGAAUCGAACUAGUUCUCUUACAGCUGCUUAUAUAUGAAUUAACUAUAUAAGUUAACUUUGCAAUCAGAUUCUGCUUCAGUGUCCCUGUCAUGUCUCGAUCUUCUUCUCUUUUUCUUGGGCAAAAAUUCUCUUGCGCUGGGGCAUUUUUGCCAGCUUGUGUUUGUUCCUUAAGUAAAUGCUUAGGGUUGGUGACCAUUAAUCCACUGUGACUUUAAUACGUUCCCUGCUGUUUUUGUGUUUUUAUUUUUAUUUUUUAUGAGGGUGGAGAUUGCGAAGCCAGAGUGGUCAAUCCGCAGGCGGACUACUGGAACCUGCAUGGCAAGGGUUUUGCGGUGGACAUAUGAAGAAAAUCACACCCUUGCCUUAAACGAGCAUGCAUGGUUCCGUGGACGAGCAUGCAUGGUUUUACGAUAGAUAAUUAGAAGAGUACGUACAUAUAUAUGCACAGUAUAAUAUAAUUACUUUUAUUUUUAAUGACAACUUUCAUUGAAUUAUAAAAUGGAUAACAUCUAAAAAAAAUUUGAUUGAAAUAUCGUACUUUUCUUCAACAAAAAAAAUUCUCAUUAAAUU